AUCAUUGAUGUGUAUUAAAUCGUUAAGACAUUAACACAUUGUCAUCAAAUAUUGGAUGAAUAUUAUUGCAGUGUGUUUUAUUGUUUGUAGUGCAAAGAGGACAGAGCUCUACAAGUCCUUUCAGGAGUUCUGUGAUGUGGAGCCAGACAGGAUCCUGAAACACGUUCAGACGAGAUGGCUCAGCUUGGAGAGAUGUGUCAAGCGGACCCUUGAGCAGUGGCCAGCACUUAAAUCAUACUUCACUAGCCAUGAAGAUGUUGAGAAACCUGGAAGGGUAAAGACCUGCAGCAGCUACCUUAACAAUGAUGAGAUGAAGCUGUACUUCCUCUUCAUGGAGUUCAUUCUGCCACCACUGAACGAAUUCAACACAACAUUCCAGGUACAUUUCUUUUAUAAUAAAUAAUGUGUAUAUCCCUGUAAAGUGAUAUUGGUAAGAUGAAAUAUGUGAUAAUAUAACUGGAUGAGGUGGGUAAUCAUUGACAGUAAUUUAAUUAAUUUUCUUAAUGUCAUUUAUUAGCUGAAAAUUUAUUAUCCAUUUCAGGCUGAUGAAGUCAAGGUGUGCUUCAUGUACACUGAAAUGCAUAAGCUUCUCAGGAAGUAUCUGGCGAAGUUUGUCAAGAUUGACAUCAUAAAGACACACCCACUAACAGAAGUCCCCUUCACUGAAAAGGACAACCAGCUUCCUGACAGCAUCAUGGCAGUAGGCAUUAGAACAAGGGAGUUCAUUUCCAGAUUGGAUGAUCUUGAUCUGGUCAACAGGUUCAUGAAAAACAUCAGGCUCUUCUACCAGGAAACUGUUGUCACAAUGUUGAAGAAAUUCCCUUUUGGGAAUGAAGUCCUGAAACAUAUUGGAUGGAUCAACCCAGACCCUGAAAAAAAGCAGGCUUUCACAUCAGACUCAGUCCUGGCCUGUGCUUCUGCCAUAGCAUUUCCGUUAACAGAUGAACUGACAGAAGAGUUCCUGGAGUACAGCCUGACACCACCAGAGGAGCUGCCUUCAAGUACACUUAAGCCAGAGCAGUACUGGAUUAAGCUGCAGAAACAGAAGACUCUGGAUGGCACCAGAAGAUUCAAGUAUCUGUCUGCCCUGGCCAUCAAGCUCUGUCUCAUUCCAAAUUCAAAUGCUGACACAGAGAGAUUGUUUUCCAUGGUCAAGAAAAUAAAGACAGAGGGCAGAUCAGAACUGGAUAAUUCCACGGUCUGUGCUCUGCUGAGUUGCAAAGUGAACUGCAAAGAUCCAUGCUACAGCUGUACAUUCAGCAAAGACACCUUGUGCAAAGCUAAAUGUGCUACAAAAGUGUACAAUUCACAGCACAUUUGAGAAAGUUAAAUGUUUAUUUGAGCACUGCCAUAUGGAAUUUUGCUAUUGUUUCUUUUAUUUGUUAAAUGACCACUAUCCAGUGUGAUAUGAUGUGAUAUGAUGGCUUAAUCUGAGCUAUAAUUAAACUUGUAUAUUAUCUUCGUCAAGUGUUAUUGCCCUUUUUUAAUAAUCUCCCCCUUUGGAGUCAAAUCUCCCACAUUUUGAAGGCAAAUCUCCCACAUUGUCAUGAUGAGGGGUUGACA